GUUUCCUUUGUUUUCUAUUCGUUGGUCCUCGUGUCCAACCUAGUCCAACAGAGACAGCACAUGCAAUGUCUAGUCAAGUGACCACACGUAUUUGAGGGGGCCACCUUAUUUCGAGCUCGUUAAUUCCCAGAAUAAUGUUUCAUCCAGAGUAUCUGCAUGUGAUGGGUUCAUCCACUGAUGCUUUUUGUUGCAGCGGCUACUAGGAAUGGCUUUAAUGCAUGACACGAGCUCACCCGUACCCGUUUGCAUGCAUGCAGUCCAUCCCUAAAGCGCAGUUGCCGAUCUAAAACACUCAUGCGUGCUUAAUAUCACGUUCCUUUGCAACAUGUUCAGCAAAGCUGCUAACUACAUUCAUCCCCUGGGACCCGGCAUUCCAGUUGUUCAUCCACUGCUUGCAGUACAUCAUGUUUUUCUUUUCCUCCGCUUCGAACUUCAUGCUGGCAUGCAUUUUGCAGGUUGCGGCGGUCUCUCAUCGCGCACCUCCUGCAAUACGUCGGGUGGAUGUUUCAGUUGCCACUCAAAUAUCGUCUAACCAGCUGGCUGAUCUGGCGCCAUAUACUGAAUUUGCUCGUGCUGCUUACUGUUCGCCUACCAUCGUAACUGGCUGGCAGUGUGGUCAGGCUUGCAAUGCGGUGCCUGACUUUGAGGUUUCUCUCACAGGGGGUGACGACGACAGUAUCCAAUAUUACUAUGUUGGUUACUGGCCGACAGAAAAUACUGUGAUAGUUGCUCAUGAAGGUACAGAUCCAACCCAACUCCUAUCUGAUCUCACUGAUGCCGAUGUAUUGAUGGAACCCUUGGACCCCACACUUUUCCCCGGUGUCGAUAGCAACGUUGAGGUUCACGGCGGAUUUGCCAACGAGCACGCGCGAACUGCGAGCAUAAUCUUGAACGAGGUGAAGAGCCUGAUCUCUCAGUAUAACGCCAGCAGUGUCACGCUGGUCGGACACUCCCUGGGAGCCGCCCUUGCGGAGCUUGAUUGUGUGUUUAUGGCCUUGAACCUUCCCUCUAGUAUUGCUAUCAAAGGUGUGACAUAUGGUACACCCCGCGUAGGAAAUCCAGCAUGGGCCGCUCUUUUUGAUUACCUGAUAUCGGACUUCCAUCGCAUCAACAAUGAGAAGGACAUUAUCCCGAUCGUUCCGGGGCGCUUCAUGGGCUUCUCACAUGUCCAGGGAGAAGUCCACAUUGUAUCUGAUGGAUACGCAGUCCAGUGCCCAGGUGACGACGAUGCCACGGAUGCUCUGUGCACGAUACAGAGUGUGCCCAACAUCCUUGUGGGCAAUAUCUUGAACCACUUGGGUCCAUACCAGGGGAUUUAUAUCGGCACGAUCUUUUGCACAUGAUUGACAUGGACCCAUCUGAACGCUGGGAUAUUUGGUUUUUAUGAAGCAAGCAUGACUGAACGCAGGCAUGGGUGCAAUGGCGCCCACCUCUACCGUGUGACAUUGUCUCCCUAAUACCACCAGCAUGCUAGGAGGACGGGCGCACUUGUUAACAGGCAGGAGAUA